AUCCAGUAGAAGGCACCUUCAUGUGUUCAAGUUGUCCUGCUCUGAUUGUCAAGCAGAGGAGAGCACUUUUGCUUCAGCCGCAGGACUAUAGCAAUUAUCUGGUGGAGCAGCGAUCCCGGAUUUAGAAAAAGAAUAAUAAGCACACAGGCUUGGCGAUGUUUGGCACGGUGGUUGUCGGGGUGGGGAUCGCUGGAUCUGUGCGGAUCCGAGACUUGCUGAAUCCUUUGUCUUCCAGCCCUGCAGAGCAUCUGAAACUCGUGGGCUUCGUCUCGAGGAGACCACUGAGCGAUGUUCAGCAAGCCAAUCAAAUUAGUUUACAAGAAGCUCUCGACAACCAGGAAGUCCAUGCUGCCGUCAUCAGCACCGAUAACAAAAACCACGAGGAGAGCAUCAGGAUGUUCCUGGAGGCUGGAAAACAUGUCCUCGUCGAGUACCCUAUGGCAUUGUCUGCAAAGGCAGCCCAUCAGCUCUGGGCGAUGGCAGAUCAGAAAGGCGGCCCGUUGGAUGAAGAACGUUCCGGGUUUCCGGCCUUCAGCGGGAUCGCUCGCCUGACUUGGCUGGUUGACCUUUUCGGGAACCUCACUGUUGUGUCUGCCGCGAGGGAAGAACAGAAAGAGAAGAACUACUCCAGGAUGACCGUGCAGUUUCAGACGGCAAACAAGAGGCCUCUGACUUGGAUUGAAGAAAGGGCGCCAGGAAUGAAACGCGAUAAGACGGUCAACUUCUGUUUCAAAAGUGGAUGCUUAGAAAGCCUCCCCGAAGCCCCCCGUGCGGCAGUCGGCCUCUUCAUGCAAGACCUCAUCCUCUUUGCCAAAAAACUCUUGGGCCAGGUUUCCAAAGAUGAACUGGCUGCAGAAAAGAGGCGGAUUCUGCGAUGCCUUGACCUGGCUGACGAAAUUCAGGCUCACUGUGAGCAGACACCCAAAAUCUACUCUUGAAACCUUUGAAUCUUGCUAUAUAGAGUUACUGCUCCUUGCGCUCCCCCCAAAGGUUAAGAGUUUUCUAACAAAUUCAGGCCUGUCAAAGCACAUUGCGCUUUUAAAACAACCUUUACUGGCCUUUAUAUUGUAUAAUGUCACUUAAUCUGUAACAUAUUUCUAAAUCUAUCAUGAACGCUGAUCUAAGGUUAACCAAAGGGACUCCGAGUUUUAUAGGCUAUCCUCAAUUUAAGAGAUUAGCAGUGAAAGACAUAAGAACACUUCCCUUGGAGUAAGGCCCGUUGAGUAGCUUGCAGUAGGAUUUUGAGUAGACCUGCCUAGGUGGCAGUCAUAGGAAUUUUUCCAGGAAGUAAUUUUUGUGUCUGAAAGUAUCUUCAUCUAAGAGCAGAACUAUGUCUGACCCAAAACAGGUAACUCAGGGUGGAGUUGUCUCCUCAUAAUGCCGUGUCAGAUUAGUCGUGUCUUCUCCCCACGCCUUUCUCAGUCUAACUGGCUGCCACCAGGAGGCAUGAGGAUGACAUGGAUAAAUCUGGCUCAGUGUUACAGGGACUGGAGGGACAAUUUCCUACGCAGGGCUGCCGUUUUUCUGUGGCAGCCCUGGUCAAGUGUUGUAUGAAGAACAUCAACCUGUGUAACACACAACUGGUGAGAGAUGAGCCAAUUCCUUCCACCAUUCUAUGUUGAUAAUGGUUCCCUGGAUUCAUUUUGCCCUACAUUCCACUCCUCCUGAACUGUGGUUUAAUUAUGAGGAUUUCUAAAGUUAAUUUGAGAACUGGAGCAUGCGCCGGUUGCCGUGGCUGUCAGUUCAUUUGCCUCUCUUUUCUCUCUCGUUGUUUUUUCCCAGUGUUCCCAGUCAUUUAAAGAAAGUAGGUUAGCCAUCAUUACAUGGUUUUUAAUAAUGUGUUUAAGAAACGUGAUUAUGUUAAAGAUCUUCUCCCCAACCAAAAAGUAAGAAAAAAAUAAAAGAACAUUUCAGCCCUAACCCGGGGCUUUCCCCCCAGAACCCAGUACAAUAACAGGGGAAAAACCCUCUAUAAAAGCAAAAGAAUUGCUCAUUUUCUGGGGUAACCUGGUUCAUGGGAGGCAAUGGGAAAAGAAGCACCCAGACCCC